AUGACUUUCUCACGCACUCUCAAGGCCUUUACGGCCAUGUCUUCCCUGAAUCAUUUCAAUUUACACCGCCUCGCUCACACCAAUGCUGACCAGAAUCUGGUCCUGGCUGACUGCGGCAUUGGUUCCAACCCAGAGAACCUGACCUGGUCCACCUCCCGCCAGAUGAACUGGUACCGAGGUGCCAUCUGGUCUACUCCGGCCGAGACCGAUCCUGCUCCUCCUGACAUGGUUGCCGAGAUGCCCUACAAUGACGGCAAAUAUCCCUGGAACUACGAGGGUGCCUCUGCAACUUUUUCAAAUGGUGAUACCUGGUCUGCCUGGAUCGAAGACGGCACUCCGGAGCUCUUGCGUGCCGGCAAGGCCAUGAGCACCAAGGAUGGCGGUACCACUCUAUGGUGUUACACUUACCGCGGACGCCCCAUCAGUAUGAGUGCUUCCGGCAACUCUACUUGCGUCUCAGCUUUCAUCUGCAACCAUCUUGAGACCGGUCCAACUCCCUGGGCAAGAAUUCCUGGCGUCUGGGUGCCUACAGACAACGGGACCGCCUCAACAGGUGGUACCAACAACCCCUCAGACGUAGGAAGAACUCUUAGCGUCAAGGUAGAAGUGAGCCCCCGUCCUGCCAUCUGGUACGGCACCAUUGCACAUUUCCUGAGCAGUAUCCUCUUCACCACGGACGGCUAUUGCAGCCCAUACUCUUUCUCGAACCGUCUCAACUCGACUGUUACGGCCCAUUGUCAAGGCACCAACGCUACUCCCCUUAACUUCUUGCCUGUCUUCUUCAACGCACUUAAGAAUCUUGGUACCGUCCCAGGCUCUGAUGGCUACUUCGUCUACAACCAUGGGCCAGCCCCCUUUGCCAAUGAUACCUCUGACGACACCCUCACUCUACCUACAACGUUCAACCUCACAGCAUACGACAUGGCUACUGGUGAGCUCAAGGGCUUCAUUGGGUACGAAGUACACUGGCCGGAGCCCGGUAUGGGAAUCCACUGCAGCGAGUGCAACGCCACCAAAUUCAACGAAGAAUACAACACCGCCAUUGCCUCCGCUUUCGAUGUACUUUACCCAGCGUACUCCGAGGUUGUCAUCGAGAGCAACUGUACUUUUGCUACACUUUGUUGGUAG